AUGGCAGGAGAAGGAAGUAGCUUUGUGCAACCAGCAAUUCCAUGCUUCGAUAGUCAUUAUGACCACUGGAGCAUAUUGAUGGAAAACUUCUUGAAGUCCACGGAAUAUUGGGGCCUAGCUAUUGAGACCAUCUUGAAGAAAGAUACAACGAAGGAUAUAUGGGAUUUAAUGAAGAAGAAAUAUCAAGGCAUGGCGAAAGUCAAGCAUUCUCAACUUCAAUCUUUUUGCAAAGAGUUCGAGAUGUUCAAUAUGAAGGUUGGAGAGUCAGUCGAUGAGUAUUUUGGAAGGACUCUAACUAUGGCUAACAAGAGGAGGAUCAAUAACAGAGAAGCUGGAAGAUGUAGCUAUUAUCGAAAAGAUUCUGAGAUCAAUGGCACCAAAGUUUGA